UUCGGUUCCGACUCGGGCCCGAACAAUCAACGCACACAACAGAGGCAUGGCGUCCUUCAGCAAGAGGCACAAGUGACAGACAUGUACCUUUCCGCACUUCAGUGUUUAUAUAAGUCGUAAUCUUUUAACGUAUUUGUGGAAAUAUAGAUAGAAAUGGCGACGAGGAGCGUGUGUCGAGUUCUCCAGCGACGUUUUGCGUCCGCAGCAGCAGCCGUGCGUCCACCAGCCGCCGAAGUCCGCAGCCAGCGUAACGCCGUCUUCUCCCGAGAGCAGGCCCGGCAGAGAGCUCUGUACCCCCGUGUAGAGAAGAUAGAGGUGACCAUGCUGGGCCCGGGGCUGGACGGCACUCUGCUCGUCAUGAACAGAGGGAUGUCCACGCCGUUCAGCUGUGCAAGACAUCUGACAGAACAUCAUGUGACCAACUCUGUGAUGGCGCUGGUGGACGGCGAACCCUGGCCUCUCCAUCAGCCGCUCACCGAGUCCUGCUCCCUAACUCUGCUCACGUUCAAAGACAGUGACCCGACGCUCGUCAACCAGGCAUACUGGCAAUCCUGCGCUGCCUUGCUGGGUCAGGUUCUUGAGACGGCGUUCAAGGACGACUUCACCGUGGAGCUGCUCAGCCCGCCAGAGGUGCCAGUUACUUCAGGAGCUUUCUGCUGUGACGCUGUGCUCGACCCUCAGCUGGACUCGUGGACUCCCUCUGAGGAGUCGUUGCGGUCUCUGACCCGAGGAGCCCUGCAGCUGAUCCACCAGGACCUGGCCUGGGAGCCCCUGGUGGUGACUCCCUCUGUGGCGCUGGAGGUCUUCUCACACAGCAGGUGUAAACAGGAGCAGGUGGAUCAGAAGGCAGCAGACAGUCCCAGAGGCUCAGUGAUGCUCUACAGAUGUGGGGACCACGUCCUGCUGAGUGGGGGCCCCUUAGUGGCCAGAACAGGCCUGUGCUCUCAGUACGAGGUGACGGCCGUCCACAGCUUGGGGCAGGGACCCUGGGGCCUCCACCGCCGAGUUCAGGGCCUCUCCCUGCCUCUGCAGAUGCAGGCUCACCACACAGUCUGGAGGAAGCUGAGGCAGCGGGCAGAGAAACUGGUCGAGGUGCCAAAGACUGAAGAAGCGAGUCCACCCUCUCCUCCUGACUCGACCCCAGCUCCAACCGGCCACUGAAGUCCUCUGUGUAACCCUCCACACACACAUGCACACUCUGACAUGUACCAGGAUGAAUCAAUAAAUCUGUAAAAAUAUGACACAAACACUCACUUAUCUCUUUUCUUUUUAAGAGCGUGCUUUCAUUGACACCUUUUAGUACUUUUUAGCGUCUCUUUGUUUUGUAAGAGAACAUUAUCUCUCCUCUGAGGCUGCCGAGGUUAAUAACUGUUCAUCUGAAUGUGGGCGUGUAGGAGUGAGAGUGAAAAUGGAAACUUGUACAUGCUCCCCUGUGUGUCAGCAGUUUUCUUAACAACAAAAGCAGAGUGUGUGUCCGCGUGUGUGUGUCUGCGUGUGUGUGUGUGUCUGCGUGUGUGUGCUGGCUGAAGGUCAGGCAGCGGUGCAGCUGUUGUGUCUGUCACUCGUCAAACAGGUGGCCCCCUCGAUCCUCAGAGUGUGUUUCGGAGGAGUGUGAGAAAGUGUGAGGAUCGGAGGCCACGAGGCGGGUUUCUUUUGACUUUCUCUUCCUCAGGAUUCUCGGCGUUUUCACACAUUAGACACAAACUCCUCGCCACCGCCGCCGGAGAGUGCCCUUUUCUCAUCCGACAAAGCCCCUGACCCUGUCAUCACUGCUGAGAUGCUGUGGAGCUAAAAAUGUAUGCGGCGUCCUUUAAUAGAAGACAUGACGAUGUGUUUCUAAUACAACUUCUCUCCCGUUAAUCUAAAAUGGGCCACCAAAGUCAACACAAGCCAAAAGUUACUAACAGCAGCUUUAAGAUGUUCUGCAGCAUUCUCCAGAAGGUUCCCCCUCUUCUCCCGUUACAGUCACGACCAACAAACACAAGGUGGAGGUCCGCGAAUUCUCAGAUGCGGUGCUCUCCUGCACGUUCCGCACAGAGCGAGACCAGAACCCGCGCAUCGAGUGGAAGAAGAAGGGGAAAGAUGUUUCCUUUGUCUACUUUGAUGGACACUUCAAAGGUCCCUUUGAGGGCCGCGCUUCCAUUGAGGGGGCCACAGUCACGCUAAAAAAGGUGACCCAGGAAGACGCUGGGGAGUACCGGUGUGAGAUCAGCGCUCCUCUUGACCAUGUCAACCUGGGCGAGACCAAUGUCACGCUCAAAGUCCUGGUUCCCCCACAAACCCCGUCCUGUGAAAUCCCCAGUGGAGCGGUGACAGGCUCAGUGGUGCAGUUGCGCUGUAGGGACCAUCAGAGCAUCCCACCUGCCACUUACUCCUGGUACAAGGACAGCCAGGCAAUCAGCCCGCCACGACACCCCAACGCCACCUACCUAAUCAACGCACACACAGGGAUACUGGAGUUCAAAUCUGUAGCCAAAGAGGACACCGGUCUAUACAGCUGCCGGGCUGCCAACGGAGUGGGACCAGCAAAGACGUGCGAGGGGAAGCAUAUGACGAUAGAGGAUGUCAACGUCUCGGCCGUGGUGGCAGCGGUCGUGGUCGUCUGCCUCGUCAUCAUCAUCUGCGGCUGCGGGGGAUUCCUCUUACACCGUAACGGGUUCUUCAGCCCAGGACACAGAGGAAGGUCCAAUGUCAACUACAUCCCUCCGCCCCAAGAAUCCCAGGAUUUCAAACACACCCAGUCAUUCAUGCUCUGAGAAGCUGGCCAUCCUGUGAGAACACAUCACCCUCAUGAAAAGGUGCCAACACUGGAUACUCUGCUUUCCUUCUCCUCUUUUGGACUCUGAACGAGCUUCCGAUCUUCCAAGAUUUGCUGAAAUCAAUCUUCCUCUCUUUUUUGGGAUCAGUUCUGACGAGCAAAAGUCGCAAGGCUUCUUUUUUACUCUCCUGCUUUGCCGUGUGUUUGUCAUUUUCUGCUCUUGCGGGAUUAACUUUGGUUUGACGGCCCUCUGCUUCCCCCUGGCGGUCAGAUGUCCAAACUCCAGUUGAUCAUUUGAGGGAGCAGUAGAGCCGUUACAGACUUUGUUUUCCCCCUCUGCAGGCUAAUCCUCGUACUACCUUUGUUUUUUUUUUUGUUUACCAAAGACUGAAUGUUUCAUUUAAGGGAUUUAUUUGCUUUGAAAUCAUCACAAGAGUUCUUAAAGCCAUGUUUUCAAUCUCAAACAUAAAUGCAGUUUACCUCAGCUUCUGCCACAUGCCAAUGUUUUGUCUUCUGUAACACUGAGGCCCCAGCUUCUCACGGUGCCACACAGGAUCCUCUUUGAUCUUAGUAAUAACCUGGAGCAGACCAAGACAACAGGAAGCCAAUUCUAUACUGAGACCAACCCCCUUCAUCCUAAUGUGCCUGCAUGGUCUUUUUAUAUUAUACAGUAUAAAUAUAUACCUUGUGCCUUUUUAAGUUGUCUGUCAUAUUUAUCUAUGAAUCGAUCACAGUUUUUUGUAAAGAACUUGCCUUACUUUUUUCUGUCUUUAUAUUUUUGUGCCACUGUUUGUCAUUGUUUUUCAAAACGGAGUGUCUGUUUUUCGACGGUGUGCGAAUGGAUUGUUCAGAGUUUUAUUUGAAUGGUGUAUCAGUAAUAAAAGUUUUUCUAUUCAA